CUCAUCUCCGUCUACCCCUGGGCCCUGCUCAUCUCCAUCUACCCCUGGGCCCUCCUCAUCCCCAUCUACCCCUGGGCCCUGCUCAUCUCCCAUCUACCCCUGGGCCCUGCUCAUCUCCCGUCUACCCCUGGGCCCUGCUCAUCUCCCGUCUACCCCUGGGCUCCACGAUGGGCAACACAGAGGCGAAGCCGGAAGAGGAUGUGCAGGAGCAGCCGCCGGGCAUCGUUCUCAACUCGUACCAGCACAACGAGAACCGCAAGCAUCUGGACGUGGCGCACAAAGCCGACUCCAAUUCAAAGUCUCCAGCUCAUGCCGGCACUACAGCGAAUUCGCAGGCCGAGAAGCCUAAGCGGGCGAUGUGGGACUUCGGCAAGGCAAAGGGCGACGACGAUGCCGGGUCCACCAAGCCCGGCGGCGUUGCCGUCGAGGGGGAGAAGCAGCAGCAGCUGCAGCAGGAGACGAAGCAACAGGAAGGUUCCUUUUUCAAAAUGUUCUCGGGGAAAGAGGCGACGGGCGCCGCCGACGGGAAGAACGACAGGGGGGAGGACGGCUCCCGCGAGCCGGCGGGGAGACGCGACGCGACGGCAGCUGCGACGGCGGGCGGCACGGCGGGGCAGCAGCAACAGCAGAAGGAGAGCGGAGGGUCCUUCUCGUUGAAGCAGAUGUUCGGCGGGAAGGACUCGGCGGCACCGGCGGCCGACGAGGAGUCGGCGCAGAACGCGGCGGGGAAAGCCGAGCCGGCGAUGAACGGCCCCGUCGCCAAAACGACGCUGCCCGCCUCUCGGGGAAGAUCCGCGGAGAAGCCACGCGCGUCGCAGCCGGCGGCAGAGGUCGGAGCGGACGUCCACGAGGCGGCGGGAGAGGCGGCGGACGUGAGCGGGAAGGAGCCGCAGGGCUUCUUCAGCUUCCUGAAGAAGGGCUCCAGCGACAUGACGGACGGGGCGGGCCACAGCGGCGGGCUGCUGCGGCUGCAGUCGGUGAGUCUGCACGAGUCGGUGGACGAGGGGCUUCCCUCCGACUCCGCGUCCCUCUCCGACACUCGCUCCUCUUCGGCCGCGUCAGCCGCGGCCUUCGGGGGCUUCUUCAGGUCCAUGGGAGGCAAGAGGACUGCUACGGUCGCGACGCAGACAGAGCCGGUACAAGUGUUGCCCAUCAAGGACAACCCCUUCAGCUUCCGCAAGAAGAUGUGACGGCACGCGGCCAAACAGCAAUCGGCGCGGCGGGUGACGUUCAACUCCUGCCGCGUCUUCACGGUCACCGGCCACGGGAGCGAAGGCGCCGCGGGCAACGGCGGCGGUGAUCCGGUGCCAACAGGGAUGAACA